AUGGACAGGAGGAUGAACUUGAACGGCGGCGCAGGGGACAUUUUUCACAAAACUCUGAGCGCCGUGUCCACUAAAAAAAUGGACCCUUUCAGAUCGACGGCCGGUAUUGAGCUACCGGCCAGAGACCGCCAGUCACCGAUUAGCUGCUUUGACCAGACCGAUCCAGACCCGAUUCAGCCGGGAGGACUGGCAGGAGGUAGAGGGGGGCCACUAGGUCUGCCGACCGGAUCUUUGUGCGUCAAGUACGGUGAGAGCGCCAACAGGACCUCGGCGGCGGAGAGCAGCGGCGGAGAGCAGAGCCCCGACGAUGACAGUGACGGCAGGUGUGACAUGGUCCUUCUGUCCGACGGGCGGACGGUGGCCGCGGGGAAAGCAGAAGGAGGUAAGAAAACCAAAGAGCAGAAAUUACUGAGGCUAAACAUCAAUGCCAGGGAAAGACGACGGAUGCACGAUCUGAACGACGCGCUGGAUGAGCUCAGAGCGGUCAUCCCCUACGCGCACAGCCCGUCAGUGCGGAAACUCUCCAAAAUUGCCACUUUGCUGCUCGCCAAAAACUACAUCCUCAUGCAGGCGCAAGCACUGGAGGAGAUGAGAAGGCUAGUGGCGUAUCUCAACCAGGGCCAAGCCAUCUCUGCUGCCUCGAUACCGGCCACCACUGCCCUCGCAGCUCCCGGCUUAGGCGCGUACGAGCAGCCGCCUGGAUAUCCCUUCCCUACCGGAGUGGCUGCGUCCUCCUGCCCUGACAAAUGUGCCCUAUUCAACAACGCCACCUCCAGCCUCUGCAAACAGUGCACUGACAAGCCUUAA